UUGACGAUAUGCGUUAAUGACGACAACUUGCGAGUGAAUUAAAAGUGCAGUUAUGCUUGUAUUUGAACUUAGAACUUGACUGUAUACGAUUGAAACCAGACAUUGCAGCUUUAAGAAUAUAAUUAUGCAAGAUAUCUCAGUAUUUAACUGACGUACGCUAGUAAUAAUAAUAAUAAUAAUAAUAAUAAUAUUUAUAUAGAGGGUUCCCGGCUCCGACGGAUUACCCACAGUGCCUUACGGUCGGCCAUAUUGGUAGGCAGCUGAGCGUAUCGUGAUCUUUUUAUCGUCAUUGUUUACAAGCUAUUGUCCGUUUUCAUUUCUUUAUCUGAACAUAAUGCCUACAACGUGUGCCAUUGUUGAUUGUAAUUCACGGUGCGGAAAAGAUAACAGCAGGUUUUAUCGACUGCCUAAAGUCCUAAUUCACCAGGGUGAAGAUACUAAAGAGAGAAGUGAGCGAAGGAAGAGGUUUUGGCUUGCAGCCAUAAAUCGUCAGGAAUUGACAAAGAAAGCUGUGGAAAAUUGUAGAGUUUGUUCCAGGCAUUUUAUUAGUGGAAAGCCAUCAACUUUGUAUGAUGAAACCAACCCAGAUUGGGUGCCUUCUUUAAACCUGGGUUACAAGCAGUGUACCUCAACUGAUCCGGGCCAAAGAUACAGUAGGUUACAAAACCGAAAAGAAACCAAACAGACUAGGGCAGCUGCUUUAACUCUUUUGGAUCUGAACGCGUUAUUUGAAGAGGGGGGAGCUGUUUCCAGUACAGAUACCAAACCUGAGGUAGAUAACGAAACUGAGGAUGCCCAUAUGUCUGACCCUGAAAAGCUUAGAGUAGCAACAGCAGAAAUUGUGGUGCUUAAGGAGGAAAAUGAAAAACUGCGCGAGGAAAUUAAAACUUUAGAGAAAGUGGUAUUUAAAUUGAAGUCCCAUAAACCAGAAGAUUUCGAAAAUGAUGAUGACAAGGUCAAGUAUUAUACUGGCUUGUCCAGUUUUGUCACACUUUUCUUCCUUCCCUGUUUUAUAGAUUUGGACUUUGCUGCAGUAAGGCUGACCUGAUUAGUGGAAUCAGUCAGUGGUGUGGUCUUCUUACUGAACAGAUGACUGACUAGCUCCGGAAGUAUUACUGUUGUAAAAAACUUGGUAGAUUUUAAAGUAAUUUGUUCCCAAAGUUCAGGGCAGGGCUCAAUCCUCUCCAUAAACAAAUCAUCUGUGGUCCACACUAUAAAGUCACAAUACUCCAAAUUGCAAAUAUGCAGUUGAGAUUGCACCUGAUAAAAAUAAGGAUGAUUUCGCUUCAACCGAAGAGCCCCAUCAAUCGUUUCUAAGCAUGAAUUCUUCCCACCACGUACAUUUUCAUCCUUCAUGCAAUAUGGACAUUUAAUUUCAAUGCAUCCCUUACCACAGCAAUCACAUUCAACAAGACCAUCUGGGGAAGCACCCAAAUGGGGAUAACAUGCACUUAAAAAAAGCCCACAAUCACUGAUGUUGACAUUUUGAUGAAGGGUACUAAUUUGAUUCAAGUAACUUUCUCUUGCUGUUAGCUCAUGUUGACAUCCCCACCUAGUUGCUGCAGAUGAAAAUGUUGCUUCUGUUGGGUAGCAUAUUGACUUCAGCAAGCUCAGUGAAGGAUUGCUACAAGACGUCGAACAUACUGCUUUCAUUUUUGAAGCUGUAACACGCCCAGUCCUAAAUCUAAACCACAUUUUUGACGUUGACUGUUCUCUUGUUGCAAGCUCCACAUUGACAAUUUCUUCAUCAGUGACAGCAAGUUCCUUAAACACGCUUUCGCAGUGACUGAAAAUCUUGAUUGUGGAUUCAUUGUGCAAGUUUUCAUCAUACAAUUCACUUAAUAUCAUGGGGUAUUUAAUGUCAAGAACUUUUGGAAUAUAAAUGCUGUUGUAGUUUCUGUUUACAGACAGACAUGCUGUUUUUUCACUUGAAAUCUUGUUAAAAAAGGUCUCCCACUGUGAAGUUGAUGCCUUUUCCACAGGUUUCGUCGAACGAAUGGGGGUAUCCGAGAUUUGUGUUUCAGGAUGGUCAAUUUGUCGAUCCAGUCGUUUCUUGAGACUUUUCGAAGACAUAAAAUUUAUAUUUUUCAAUGGGGCAUAAUCAACUUUGGUACGCGAUGAAGGCAACAUCCAGUAUGCAGGUUCCUGCGUGACAGUAGUGGUUUCUCUCAACCGCACCGAUGCCUCAAUGUGAAAUAAAACUGAUGCAACAUGUGAGCAUGAUUCCCCUAGUCCUGCCUUACAGUUACAAUGUGCACAAAGUACUUUGCCUUCAGCAUUAAAGAUGAUCCAGGGAUGAAGAAGGGGGUCGUUAAGACUUUGGGCAUGCAAAACCUUGGCUCUGAUAAUCUUGAGACUGGCCUUAUCCACAUUAUAUAUGUAAACAGCAACGUCCCUAACCCAACCACACACAAACCGGUCGUAGGCGUCCAAACUCUUGUAGUUCUGGAAGUCUUUUAAAGUACAAAAGGGGCUUGGGUGAAAUAUUAAAUAAUUAACAAGAUCGGGAUAUGUCAGUGCGGGAUACAAAUUACGAUCAUGAAGCCAUUUAUCUUUGCUGAUUUGGUAUGGAUCUUGCUUUCCUAUACACUCUAUUUUGUCAUUGUAUCGAGAUCUCGAUUGGUCAUCCAGUGUCUCAAUAUAGUUCUGCAUUUUAUCGAUCUCCUAGUGGUCAAAAUGUUUUGUUAAUAAACAAAUAACUGAUAUCACUAUAUUCUAAGCUCAAAACAAUAACGUCUUACGUGUGCUUUACAUUGGAACCUGCCUAUCAACAUGGCCGACCGCGCAGAAUUAUGGGUAAUAUUGCUAUUUUUAGCUCCAAGCCGAGAACCCUCUAUAUAUAUAUAUAUAUUAAAUAUAUACUUUUCUCUAAGAAUAUACGAAAGAUAUCUCAGUAUUUAACUGACGUACGCUAGCAAU